UGAGCCGAUGCAAAGCCUCCCGUGUUGUUUACAAGCAUCGUCGCCCUAAAACACUGAUCAUCCGCCUCACCUGCGCUUUCCUCAGGAAGACGGGGCAGCUGACGCGCCUGUGAAGCACUCACAGGACGACACCAGCUCAGGGCUCAUGUGAGCGACUAUAAAAAAAAAUAGAUCGCCGCGGCCUAAAACAACAACAACAACUGAAGAAGAAGCCUCUGCCGGCCGGGCACGGGGCUCCGUCUUGUGUGUGUUCCUUGUGGACCUGAAGGCAGCCAGGAACCCAAACACUCCAGAAGAAGAACCCUGCACAGGCUGACCCACAAGGAAACGUGCCGCAGCAGCGCCCCACGUAUGUGUGAAGGAGCAGAGGCUGUCACAGCUCUCAUUCCGGAGUAACUACAGACUUUGCAGUUAACCCGGUAGCAGCGACGGGCCAAAUUUUUGGCUUUGCCAUGUAGCAGCGACGGGCCAAAUUUGUGCCAUGAUAUAAACCCCAAAAAUUAGAUGAUACAUAAUCUGAUCACAAAUGCUUUGAUAUGUAUUAUGAAAUGGUUUGUGUGAGGGGUGAUUUUUUCUCAUUUUUCUCGCUUAGAGGGACCAUUAAGAAACAUGAUCCCCGCUGCUAUCAGGUUAAUAUUAGCAUUUAGUCUUAAGAAGUAGUUGUAGCCUAAGAAGAAAAAAAGGUAAAACAAGAAAAGAAAAAGUAAUCUUAAAGAUUAAAAAAAAAAUAAACAAGGGAAAGAAGUAUAAUAGUAGUGUUAAAGAAGAAAAGAAGACAUAGCUUUCUGAGAAAAGGAAACGUUGCUGGUAUUGAAAAAAAGAAGCUUCCAUAGAAAAGAACAAAAGAGGAAGUAAACAAGAAGUAGUUAGCAAAAGAGGAAAGAAGUAUGGUUUAUAACAGAGAAGGAGAGCAACAUUUAUAGACAUAGGAAAGGUAAAUAAGAAAUAACAAGCAAAGAAGAGUACAAGAAACAUGGGUGAGCAGAGGGGCACUAGGGCACCCUCCAAAAGUCCACUGAGUCGCCAUGAGUGGGUGGCUCUGCACUUGGCUUUGCUGGAGGAGGAGAGGAAGGCUGAGGUACAGGCUGCCCAGACACAGGUUGAGGGGCUGCCAGUCAAAGUAUUGGAGGCUAGGGGUGUCUUGCUCGGGCGGCUGGUGUUGUCCGAGCGUUCCACAGGCCUCUAUGGAAGGCCAGUCGUUACACUCACACCAAGACUGAAGGACUCAACUCUGCCAGCUAAUAGUUUCUCUGCCGGUGACAUCGUGGGAGUGUGUGAAGGGCCAAACCAGGUGGCAACGGGGGUAGUGGUGGAAGUUGGGGAGCGGCGUGUUGUGGUGGCAGGAGAUGAGGAGGGGCGGGAGGACCUGGAUGGCCUGGAGGACGAUGCCACCUUGACCUUACGGAAACUGGCCAGUGAGGUGACCUAUCGGCGGGUGAAGUCAGGCCUGGUGGAGCUGGGUAAGGAGGUGAGCAGCAGCGCCUCACACCUCAUCCAGGUACUGUUUCGCGAGGCUCCACCCCACUCCCCCGCACCCGCCCUGCCCCCCAAGCUGAUCUCCUCGAGUGGCGAAUUGCAGUUGUUUAAUGGCCGUCUGGAUGCCUCUCAGCGCGAGGCUGUGGAGUUUGCCCUGAAGCGGAGUGACUUAGCGGUGAUCCACGGGCCACCAGGGACAGGCAAAACCACAACCUUGGUGGAGGUGAUACGGCAGCAUGUCAAACUGGGAGCCAAGGCAUUGGUGUGUGCGCCAUCCAACCUGGCCGUGGACAACCUGGUGGAGCGGUUGGCUGCGGCAAAGGUGCGGCUCGUGCGACUGGGCCACCCUGCACGCGUCACACCCCUCACACAGCGACACACCCUCGACGCCAUACUGCAUAACAGCGAGGAGUGGCAGGUGCUCGGGGACAUACGCACGGAGAUGGAGGGGGAGCUGGGGAGGCUGAGGAAGAGCCGAGGGGGUGACCAGCGCCGGCACAUCAGGACCAACAUCAAGAGUCUGCGGAAGGAGCUCAGGGAAAAGGAGAUGAGGCUGGUCAAGCAGGUGUUGCUGGGCAGCGAGGUGAUCCUGGCGACCCUGACCAGCAGCAGCAGCGACGGGCCCCUCAGACACCUGCCGCCCCAACACCUGGACCUGGUGGUGAUUGACGAGUGUUCCCAGUCAACGGAAGCAUCGUGUUAUCUCUCGUUGCUGCGCGCCCCCAAGCUGGUCCUGGCGGGUGAUCAUUGCCAGCUGCCGCCCACCAUAGUGUCUGCUGAGGCUGCUGCUAAGGGCCUGGACCUCAGCCUGAUGGAGAGAGUGAUAGGGGAGUGUGGGGAGGAGGUGGUACGCAUGCUCACCCAGCAGUACCGCAUGCACGCUGCCAUCAUGGAUUGGUCGUCAGCUGCCAUGUACGAGGGGCGGCUGUCAGCACACCCCUCUGUCACAUCCCAUCUGUUAUCGCACCUUCCUGGUGUCACUCCCACCGAAGACACAGAAAACGUCGCUGUGGUGGUGGACACGGCUGGGUGUGAGUGUCGGGAGCUGGACACGCCUGACGCACAGAGCAAGGCCAACCCGGGCGAGGCGGUGCUGGUGGCCUGUCACAUCAAGGCACUGGUGUCCGCUGGUGUCCCCGAGGCCUCUAUUGCUGUCAUCACCCCCUAUAACCUGCAAGUGGAGAUGGUUCGCGGUCUGCUGGCAUCAGAAUACCCUAGAGUUGAGGUGCGGUCUGUGGAUGGCUUUCAGGGCAGGGAGAAGGAGGCGGUGGUGGUGUCCCUCGUCCGUUCCAACAAGCAAGGCACUGUUGGGUUCCUGAGCGAGGACAGGAGACUCAACGUGGCAGUGACUCGCGCUCGACGGCACUUGGCACUCAUUGGGGACUCCGAGACAGCCGGCCGACACCCCUUCAUCCGCACCUUGUUUGACCACCUCACCCGCCACGGCCUGGUGAAGACGGCUCAUGAGUUCCAGCAAGAACUGGACAACACUGAGGUACGGAUGCCAGAAUGUCUCAGUUGGGCCCAAAAAAGCGAUAAAAGAGCACCAGUUACCGCCAAGAAAGACACAAAGGACUCCACCAGCAAGAAGCCCAAACAGCAACAACAAAAGCAGCAGAAACAGCCGAGUGAGGAAGAUAACCAGAAGAGGAAACAGGAGUACCUAGACAUCGUUAAGUCAUUCCUCGCCUCACCAAACUCGACAUAUAGCUUCCCACCGAAUCUAAACUCUUUCGAGAGGCGACUGAUCCACCAGAUAUGCGAGGAACUUGAUCUUGACCACAGCAGCGAAGGAGAUGGGAAAGAACGGCAUAUUGUAAUAAAAAAACGCCCCUCCAACAAACUGAUAACAGAGCAGGAGGGUAAGGAAGAGCAGGAGGUAGAGGAAAAGGAAGAGUGUUUGACAGCAGAGCAAGAAGAGAGAGCAAGAGUUGAGGCGAUGAUAGCAGAGUUCCUGGAGUCACCGGAGGAGAGUCUGAGGCUGCCGUCCAAGAUGAGUGCAUUUGAGAGGAGCGUGGUGCAUGGGGUGUGCGAUGAGCUGGGACUGAUGCACCAGAGCGAGGGGAAAGGGAAGAGGCGUCACAUUGUCAUACAAAAACAAAACAAAAGCAUUCAGGAAGGCACCAAGGAAAUGGAAGAUAAAAAAACUGCAGAUAACGAAAGGUCACUGCACAUAAAAACUAAAGGAGGCGAUAGGAAUUCCAUAAGGGACGAAGAAGCAGACAUUGGGCCACUUUUACCACAUAGCACAGAAACAGUACCAUCAUUACCAGAAGACAAACACAGUAACACACAGGGAGGCGCAAUACCCAAAAGAAAUCUAGAGAACAAUGUAACUGCCAUAAAGAAAGUUAGAACGCGCUUUAUAGAUGGAAAAUAUGUGGAAGUGGAGGAAGGGGUGAAUGCAGCACCGCAGACUAAGACUUGUCCAGUGUGUGGGAAGGAUGUGCCGCUGCCAAAUUACGGCCUCCACAGCGUCCAGUGUGAGCGCCGGAGCAGAGAGACGCAGCAGCAGCAGGAGACCAGUGCAAGAAGUAACAAGGAGAAUGUGAAAAAGAAGAGUAGCAAAAAGGGAAGUGGAAAGAGCAACAAGAAGCAGAAGGAGGAGGAAGAGGAAGAAGAUUUUGACAGCUUAAUCAACAAGUUUGUCAAGGACAACAACACGUGCUCCGAGCCACGCUGCAAGACCCCCACUUCCGUCAUCUUCCAGCUCUGCCCCUUCUGCCGCCGCACCUUCUGUCUGGCACACCAUAUGGCUGAGGUGCAUGGCUGCGGCCCCCUCGCACGCCAGCACGCUAGAACAGUUAUCUCAAGGGAGGGAGUACUGUAUCCCGGCAGUGGGGUGCCCUCAAAGAAACCUUCUGAAGAUAAGAGGAAGCAGCUGGAGAGGAAAUUAGCAAAGAAGAUGGACAACUUCAACAGUAAGAGAGCAGCAAAGAAACCAGGGAAGGAGGAGGAAAAAUAACACUAGCUUUGGUGUAGGUGGUUGUUUUUAUUACUGUAAUUGUUAAGGUUGUGAUGAAAUUAUGUAGAGUUUUUGGUUUCUUUCUGAGUUUUAUUUAUUUAUUUAUUUUCUUCAUAUUAUUAUAAUCAUGUAAACAUAGGUGACUUUCUUUGUUGCUAAUGCUAGAACACGCACACACGCACACGCACAUAACAAGCAUAACAACAUGGAACGGACUUGGCGAGGAGACUGUGUGUGCAAAAACGAUUCAUGAAUUUUAAAGCCAAACUGGAUAAUAAGCGUUAUGGAGACGGGACAGCACGAGCCUAGUAUGGCUCUUUUCCUGUAUUUCACAACUAGGUAAAUACACACACACACACACACACACACACACACACAUAUAUAUAGAGAGAGAGAGAGAGAGAGAGAGAGAGAGAGAGAGAUUGUGGGAGACAGGACUGACCAAGUUUGAGCUCAGGCCCUGUAUACUACAAAUAGGUAAACACACACACACACACACACACACACACACACUUAUGGUAAUGAUAAUAAAACUAAGAAGUUGG